GUAUAAUAUGGAUUAGGAAAAUUUUAUUUGCCCUUCAAAGGAUAGUCAUUCUCCCUUUACUCCUCUACUCACAAAAUUUUUCCUCAACAAAUCAAGACGCAGAGAGAGAGAAGUGAGAGAAAGUCCAAUUGUUUCUCCUGUAAACUGAAAGCCGACCUUGUGUCUGAAAAUGGCGUUGUGCAGCAAAAUGUCAAGCUGUCUACUGAUUUUGCUGAUUCUUAAUUCAACCCAUUUCAGUCUAAUGGCUAAUGGUAGACCAGAGCCAAACUCGCAUGAAACCACUGAUGGAGGUGAUCAAGACCAGAAGAUGAUGAUGAGAGGUUUGAUAGGAUCAAGUCCACCAAGAUGUGAGAGAGUGAGAUGUCGUUCGUGUGGACACUGUGAAGCAAUACAAGUUCCUACGAAUCCUCAAACAAAGCUUCAUCACUAUCCUUCUUCCUCUGAGAUUAUUAAUCUUGAUUACACCAGAGGAGACGACAGUACUAACUAUAAACCAAUGAGCUGGAAAUGCAAAUGUGGUAACUCCAUCUAUAACCCUUAAAGAAAUUUCUUACUUCUGAUCAACACAUUAUAUUUCUUUGCUUUUUUGGUUCAAAUCCUAAAAUCUGUGUACAUAUAUAUGCUUUAGUUGUAAUCUUCAGAGUUUCUAAAAAUUUCUGCGUUUA